UCGGCUCUGUGUUUGCUGGGAUCCGCAGGUCUAAUGGACUGCCAGUAAGAGAUUUUCUUCCAUCCUACAUUAAGACAUGCUUUAGAAAUGUUGCUGUCAGUAAAUGUCAUGUGUCACCAUCAGGCAGGUGUGAUUUACUCUGUCUGCAGGUGGCCAUCAAGUAUGUGUCGAAAGACCGGACCCCCGAGAGACUGAAAGUUGUAAGUUCCAGUAUGAAAUAUGUUGUGUUUGCUGUGUUUGAUUCAGUCCUGGAUAUAAUGGAGGGUUUGUCCUGCAGGACGGUCAGGGUCGGCUGCCGCUGGAGGUGGCAUUGAUGACCCGUGUCACUUCAGCUCCUGCCUGCCCCAGUGUCCUGCAGCUGCUGGACUGGUUUGACCCUCCCAGACGCUACGUCCUGAUCCUGGAGCGUCCGGCUCCUUGUCAAGAUCUCCAGAGCUUCUGUGAGGAGAACGGCUGUCUGGACGAGCGUCUGACCAAGAAAGUGCUGGUGCAGCUGAUCGCAGCGCUGAAACACUGUGAGAGCCGUGGUGUCCUGCACCGGGACGUCAAGCCAGAGAACCUGCUGGUCUCCACAGAGUCCCAGGACAUCAAGCUGCUGGACUUUGGCUGUGGAGAUGUGCUGAAGAGAUCGGCCUACAAAUACUUUUCAGGCACUCCUGCAUUCGCUCCUCCAGAGUGGUUUCGCAGACGUCACUACAAUGCCACUCCAGCUACAGUCUUGUCAGUAAGAGUGACGCUCUACAACAUCCUGUGUGACUGUUUCCCCUUCAGAGGCGCACGGAGGGUCACAUCCAGAAGCAGACUGACCUUCCCUAGGAGCUUGUCAACAGGCAAGAGAUUCAGACACAUUCAAAGAGGGUAUGGCGAGCGAGCAGAAGUGUGUUGCUGUGUGUUUCUGAAGACGGUCUUGUGUGUAACAGAGUGCCGUCAGCUGAUUCGCUGGUGUCUCAGUGCAGCGCCGGCUGAUAGGCCCAGUUUAGAUGAUCUUGAGCACCAUCCCUGGUUGCACUGAACAGGUGGCCAGUGACACACUUAUCUGAAUCCAGAAGUCAUGGCUUGGGUUGUAUUGUCAGGUUCAGUGAAGAUAAACACUGCCAAUGAUUUGUAGAAGGAGAGCAGGAGUGGCAGAGGAACUGAGGAGAACAGAUGCUGUUCCUGAACUUACUCUGCUGCGUCUGUGAGGCUCUGUAUCAAGCUAGAGAAGCCGAAGUCACAAAUACACACACACACGCACACUAGCUAGUCUAUAAUAUCUAUAAUAUGACAGCAACAGGAAAAGUGUCAGCAAGACAAUAAGAAAGUUGUCUAAGUCUUAGAUAUGAAAUAAGUCCAGUAGGUGGCGACAAACAUCACUAAAUAACACAUUAGGAUGAGCUAGUGUAAACUAGCAUAAUGUGUUUUAAUUGAGAACAGCAGAAAAGAAAAGGGAAACAAACACAUAGUAUAAGAAACAAGGUUAUUAACAUCCUGUCCAAUUCUGUGCUCAAAAAAUGAACAAUAAAAUGUAUUUUAUGCCCAGUUGCAGCAGUUACUUUGGCAUUACUGCUUUCAUCUAAAUAUAGAUGUAGCAUUUCAAAACACAUUUACAGGCCAUUACACACCACACAGAUGAACAGCAACAAACAAGUCUGUUGGAGUUUGUAGGUUCAGUGUUACCCCUGUUGGUGUGUGUUGCCGUUAAUCUGUUGGUUUUCACACAAAAGCAUCCGUGUGAAUUGGCCUUAAUGUCCAGUAAACUGGAUGUUCAAUGUAGCAAAGCGAAGCAUUAGCCAAUAUUGGAAAUAACUUGAAACAUGAAGCCGGUUAGACCUGUACAGAAUGUAUAGAUGGCUUUUAAUACAGUAUAUUCAAUAAAACGUCCAAUAAAUUUUUGAUAUUACUGAUGCAUUUUAAAUGUGUCAGUGACUACGUUAACAUGUGCACGAAUAACAGAUUAUUUCCAAUAAUCAGAGUAAGGGCUUAAAUGCAACAUUACAUGUCAGGAGCUUAAUUCUGUUUACUGUACAUCAAAUUUCCAUUAUUUACGUUAUUUCCAAUACUUUGUGGUUAUUUUUCUUACUGAUGUUAUCCCCGUUUCACUUCACAGCACAAAUGACAAUUAAAGGGGACCUAUCAUGCAAAAAUCUCCUUUAUGAGGGAUUUAAACACAGUCCUGUGGUGACAGUGUGCGUAUUUGGCCAGCCGUUAUUGGUAACAAUUAAUUAAAGGGGUGGCCUACUGAAAUAUAAUAUUUUACACUUUAGUUUGUGUCUAAUGUAUCUGUGUAAACAUAAACAACAUCUCUGAAUGUAAUACACUCAAUGCAAAGGGAGACAUUGGCUUUCACAGCGUUAGCUUAGCAAAGCCUACAGCGAACAAAGUUUGGGGACUAAAAAAAAUACAUCCAGGUUAAUUAAGUCAUAAACCCCACACCCCGCUUACUGAAGCUAUUUCCACAGAGCGUCUUCUGUUUCUGUAUUUGGGCUUCCACAUAGAGAAGUGCUUACAAUUUAAUUUUAGUUAUGUUUCAGAGAAUUAUAAAAAAGAUAUAGAAACAGAUACAUCUUGCAUUUAAAUCUGUUAAGCUCAAGUGCAUCAGAUUCAUAACUACCACAGUCAUGACUAAUCUAUAAUGGUAAUACUAUGUCUGACUUACUGUUGCUCUUUAAAACGCAUGUUACUGUGCAAUUCAAAUGAGUCUGAUAUGUUUUGUGGUCUGUGUCAGCUCACGCAUAUGAUCUGCUUUUUGCUGUCACUCUCCGGGCUAAAUCUGGCCAUACCUGCAUGCUGUGGUGAUUCACAUGACAUUAACGCGAAAACACCUCAAUCACCCCAAUCACCCAAAAGAAAUCAUACUUAUGAUCUAUCCCUAUUAACAGUAGAACCAAUAUGAUCAUGUUUCUAGAACUGAAUAUAAUCGUAUCUCUCCGGACACGCAUCACUCACCUGUCAGUCAGUCAGUCAGUCGGUCAGUCAGUCUGUCAGCACGUAACCUCAAAGGGUUUAACAAAUAGCGCACAUCACUACUAUGGUUACAGAAAAAGUUUGUGCUGUUAUAAUUCACUUCCCUUUUAAUACGUUUUGGUGCAAUGAUAUUCCGCUAUCAAAAACAACAACAACAACGACUAAAUGUUUUGAAUGAGAAGCUGUAAUGUAGCCAUGGAGGGAUGCAUUUUGGUGUGGCGCCCCGCCAUGGAAAAAUGAAUGUAGCAGGAACCAUGCUCUUAAGUUCUCUGUAGUUGUCUUGACAACACAUCCCCUGUGCAGCAUCCCGUUCCCCCGCCUGUUCAGUCCACACUUUGACGGUGUGCCACUGUUCUCCUCUUAACCUGCAACUUUACGUCGGAAUUUUUUUAAACAAAAUUUACACACAGUGCGAUGUUCAGACCCCACUGCGUUAACCCCAUCAGCUAAACUCUCCCACUCUAUUUUUUUUCUUUUCUUAUUAAUUCCGGAGGACAAACUUGCAAAUAGCACUGUUUCUCUCCUGUCUACCACCGAUAGGAGCACCUCCAAUUCACAUUCUGAGAAGUUUCUCUUCUUGCUUGCUGUUGCCAUUGCUUUUUCAGUUGGUUUUGCUAGUGGAGUCAUUACCAUAUUCAUACGGGGGAGGAGGUGGGGAGGGGUUUUGAGGUUGUGCACGUGCACUCAGUUUCACGUUAAUUCGGAUGUACAAAGAGAAAAUACGUGGGAUUCCGCUUAC